GAUUUCCUUCUUGUGUUUCUGUCCUCUUUCAACAUUGUCGCAUUGUAAAUUUCAAACAGUGUGAGAGGAACUCAGACGUGCUGUCGAGGAAGAUUCACCGUUCAUUCGUUCGUUAUUGUUCUUGUUGGCAAUUUGCAAUCUAUUCCGCUCUUUCGCAUUCAUUGAUUGUAUCGUGACAUUUGAACGAGAGUUGUACAUUGUUUGCAGGUAACACUUCGCUUUCCGAUCGAGCUGGUUCGGGUUUACCUCAAAUUGUUCGCUUUACUACCUAUCUACUUCAAACCCGGUACAUAUAAACAGACAUUAGGUUGUACAUCAUAUACUUGAUACACCUUUAACCAAAACGACACAUACAUAUCAACAAGAUGCGCCAUCAACUUCUGAUCGCAUUUGUUGCGCCUGCAGCAUUGGUGGCAGCAUCCGUACUCAAGUCUCGCGGUGAGUGUCAACAAGGAUACACCCUUUGUUCUCCGGCCGGGGCGAACACUGCCACUACCCCACAGAUCGGGGAUUCAGAUUUCGUGAACCUAUUUCAAGAUAUUGUUCUCUCCUCUUUACCUGCGAGCAAACGAUCGCUUUCCUCCUCCUCAGAGCAUAGUGUCGAAAAACGCGAUUCGCCUUCAUUAUGCUGCGUUUCUUCUUUAACAUGUCUCACCAUGCACUCCCUAAACAUCCCUUUUUGCUACGAUCAAUUCACAACCAAUUAUUAUCUUCCAGAUGAUAGUUAUGGAACUGUAGUAGGAGGGUCAUAUUCUUCUUCUUCAGGUGCUACCGCCAAUUUGGAAUCGGGAGAUUAUACAGAGAAAGAUGGGACAACAGGAAAUAUCUACAAUGGCAACAGCGCUGCCAAACCUAAUACCGCUACUCUCCCUAUGCCAUCCCAAUUCACCGCCAGUGGAGUGGGUAGCGCUAUCCCCGCGUCGGCUUUAGGCGGAGUUACAGUCACUUAUACGACGACGCUUCCUGCCAGUACUAUUCCUGCUACCACGAUUCCCGCGACUACUGUUUCAGAAAGUAUUUCUCAGCAGACGAUUUCAGUUUCGACGACAAUCACAAGUUCAGUUGGAGGAAAUAAAAUUGUCAGUACGGAAGUUCAUAUAGGGACCACGGAGACCACUAUUUUAGGAACGACGAGAAGCGCUAGUACGAGGGCGGCGAGUACGGUUAGUGAGAUCGUGGCUACAGUUACGACGGUUGUGGCUAGUGAUAGUGCUUCUGCCCUUAGUGCGAGCGCGACGGCUAGUGCAACUGGAAAUAGUGGUGUGGGAAGACCAGCGGUGGAAGUUGGUGUUGCGGGGAUUAUGGGGAUGGUGGGGCUUGUGGCUUUGGUCUUGUAAGUAUGAGAAUGAAGAUCAAGAUGAGGGCUAGGUGUUAAUUUAUUCUUUCGGAUGGGAUGGGGAAAUAACAUGGAUAUGAAAUGGAAGAUGAUAUAUGGAUAUGAUACGAUACCUCUAAUGUUAAUGGCGAAUAUGGAGAUAGCUUGCUUGCUGACAAGAUACGAGUUUGGCUGUACGCGAAGCUUUCGUUCCAGUUUAUACAUAUUUUUGUUUUUCUCUUCCA